AUGUCUUCGGCGACGUCAUUCUAUGACUUCAAGCCUCUGAACAAGAGGGGCAUUGAGGUUCCGCUUUCCGAUUACAAGGGCAAAGUUGUGCUGGUGGUCAACACAGCCUCCAAGUGCGGCUUCACACCACAGUACAAGGGGCUGGAGGAACUCUACAAGAAGUUCAAGGGGACACAUGGCGAUGACUUUGUCGUACUGGGCUUCCCCUGCAACCAGUUUGGCUCGCAGGAGCCAGGCUCCGAUGAAGAGAUCUCGACCUUCUGCGAACUCAACUUUGGCGUGACUUUCCCGCUCUUUCAGAAGAUCGACGUGAACGGCGAGACCGCGGCCCCCGUCUACACGUGGCUCAAGACCCAGAAGCCAGGUGUCAUGGGUCUCAAGCGCAUCAAGUGGAAUUUCGAGAAGUUCCUCAUUGGCAGAGAUGGCAAAGUCAAGGGCCGUUGGGCGUCGACCACCACACCGGUGUCGCUUGAGAAGUAUGUCCUGGACGAGCUCGAGAGCAAGGCGGAGGUGGAGCAGAAGGAGUAA